AUGGUUUUUACAAAAGAAAAAGAAAAAUCAUCAACCGCUUCACCAGAAGUUAAACCAGAAGAUUUUGGAAGUUUUAAUGAUUCAGAUACUUCUCCAUAUAUUGCAUCUGAUGAUUCUUCUGAUAUUGGAUCAAAAUCUAAAUUUGCAAGAUUUACUGAUUCAUUUCGUAGAAAUAAAGUUGAUGAAUCUGAAAAACAUUUAGUUGGUAAACAAUUGGAAAAGGGUAUAAGUCAAAGGCAUUUAAUGCUAAUGGCUUUAGUUACUGGUAUUGGUACUGGUUUAUUAGUUGGUACUGGUUCAGUUUUACAUAAAAGUGGUCCAUUAUUUUUAAUUGUUGGUUUUGCAAUUGUUGGUACUUAUUUAUAUCCAACUUUACAAGCAGCUGGAGAAAUGGCUGUAAAUUAUAGUGAAUUAUCUGGUGGUUAUAAUAAUUAUCCAAGAAGAUUUAUUGAUGAUUCAGUUGCAUUUGCUAUAACUUGGAAUUAUUGUAUACAAUGGUUAUCUGUUAUUUCAAUUGAAUUAGUUACUGCAGCAAUGACUAUAAGUUAUUGGAACACAAGUGUUAAUGCAGAUGUUUGGGUUACCAUAUUUUAUAUUGUAAUUGUGGUUAUUAAUUUUAUAGGUUCAUCUGGAUAUGGUGAAGCUGAAUUUAUUAUUGGAACUUGUAAAGUUAUGAUGAUUACAGGAUUUAUUUUAAUGGGUAUUAUAGUUAAUGUUGGAGGUGGUCCAACUGGGGAGUAUAUUGGUGGAAGAUAUUGGCAUGAUCCUGGUUAUUAUACAAAUUUUAAAGGUUUAUGUUCAGUAUUUGUAACUGGAUCAUUUGCUUUAGGACAAUCUGAAUUUGUAGCUUUAAGUGCUAGUGAACAACCAAAUCCAAGAAAAGCUAUUCCAAUUGCAACAAAAUUAGUUCUUUAUCGUAUUAUUGUUUUAAUGAUUGCAAGUUUAACUAUUGUUGGUCUUUUAGUUCCUUAUACAUCAGAUAGAUUAAUGGGAUCAGGUGGAGGUGGUUCUCAUGCUUCUCCUUUUGUUUUAGCUGCUGCGUUACAUGGUGUUAAAGCUGUUCCAUCAAUUAUUAAUGCUGUUAUUUUAAUGUCUGUUACUUCAGUUGCUUCAUCUGCUUUAUAUUCUUCUUCAAGAACUUUACAAUCAUUAGCUGAACAAGGAUUUGCUCCAUCAUGGUUUAAUUAUAUUGAUAGACGUGGUAGACCAUUCCGUGCAUUAGUUGUUUGUUCAAUCAUUGGAUUAUUCUCAUUCAUUGCAGCUUAUGAUAAACAAGAAACUGUUUUCAAUUGGUUAUUGGCUAUUUCAGGUUUAUCACAAAUUUUCACUUGGAGCGGUAUUUGUAUAUCUCAUGUUAGAUUUAGAGCUGCAUUAAAAUAUAAUCAUAUUUCAACUGAUGCAUUAGGUUAUAAAUCUAAAACUGGUGUAAUUGGAUCAUAUUAUGCUAUAGUAUGGUAUGGUUUAGUAUUAAUUGCACAAUUUUGGAUUGCAUUAUAUCCAAAGGGAGAAGGUAAACCAAAUGCUGAAGCAUUUUUCCAAAAUUAUUUAGGAGCAAUUGUUUUGAUUUUAUUUUAUGUUUGUCAUAAAUUAUAUACAAGAAAUUGGAGAUUAUAUAUUCCAUUAAGUGAAAUUGAUAUUAAUUUAGAUCGUACUAUAUUUGAUGAAGAAAUUUUAAAUAUUGAAAAACAAGAAGAAAAAGAAAAAUGGAAAAGAAGUCCAUGGUGGAAGAAAAUCCUUAAAUUCAUGUUUUAUUAA